CGUGAGGCGGGGCAAGGCGGCUGAGUGUUUCUAUUGAAGAAACGCUGAGCGUUGGCUGGCGGCUGCGGCGCAAACGACGCGGCGCCAUCCAGGGUCAUUGAGAAAAAAAGAGAGCGAGCCGUACUGUACCAUUCAGCAAUCCGAGCUCAGUCGCCGACAGAUGCAAACCAGCUAAGCUCUUUCUUAGGACAAUACAAUUUUUUUUUUCAGACGAGUUUGGCAUUUAAAUUUAUUUUUGCAAUAUUAGGUUGUAUUUGCAGUGAAACAUUUUGCAAUUUGCAAAUACAUUUCGCGAUUUGGCGAGAGCGGUUAUACAGGGGUGUUCCCAUUGAUAAAAAAAAAGUCGACAGGUUGGCUACCGUCUUGUUUUAAAGCUCAUGCACGGUCAGUAAUUUUUUGUCCCCAUGUUAGAAAAAUUACCCUGCUGCCCGUUUGACUCGGAAAUGGCGAUCUGCAAGGCGGCGGGUUGGCUCCACGACCAGCUGGAGCGAGGCAGCGACAGCCUGCUACUGAUGGACUGCCGUGCCCACGAGCUCUACGAGUCCUCACACAUCGAGGCGGCCAUCAGUGUGGCCAUCCCGGGCCUCAUGCUGCGGCGGCUCAGGAAGGGGAACUUCCCCGUGAAGUCGCUCAUCUCGAACAACGAGGACAAGGAGCGCUUCGCCCGCCGCUGCAAGACCGACAUCAUUCUCCUGUACGACGAGAGCUCUGCCGAAUGGAACGAGAAUCUGAACACCACCUCUGUACUUGGCCUAUUACUCAGAAAGUUAAAGGACGAGGGAUGCAAAGUCUUCUGCUUGGAAGGCGGUUUCAGUAAGUUUCAGGCGGAAUACCCGGCGCACUGCGAGACUAACGGAGACAGUUCGUGCUGCAGUAACUCUCCCACGGUGCCCGUCCUGGGACUCGGCGGACUCCGCAUCAGCUCCGACUCGUCAGACAUCGAGUCGGACGCGCCGAACAGCGCGACUGAGUGCGAGAGCAGUCCGUUGUCCAACAGCCACCAGCCGCCUUUCCCAGUCGAGAUUUUGCCCUAUCUGUACCUGGGCUGCGCCAAGGACUCCACCAAUCUCGACGUGUUGGAAGAACACGGCAUCAAGUACAUCUUGAACGUCACCCCCAACCUCCCCAACCUGUUUGAGAACGCCGGCGAAUUUAAGUACAAGCAAAUCCCCAUUUCAGAUCACUGGAGUCAAAACCUUUCCCAGUUUUUCCCUGAAGCCAUUGCAUUUAUAGACGAAGCCCGUAACCAGAGCUGUGGCGUGCUGGUGCACUGCUUGGCUGGUAUCAGCCGGUCAGUCACGGUGACCGUGGCCUACCUGAUGCAGAAGCUGAACCUCUCGAUGAACGACGCCUAUGACAUCGUCAAGAUGAAGAAGUCCAACAUCUCCCCCAAUUUCAACUUCAUGGGGCAGCUGCUGGACUUCGAGCGGACGCUGGGACUCAGCAGCCCCUGCGAUAACCGGUUGCCCACCCAGCCCCUCUACUUCACCACCCCCACCAACCACAACGUCUUCCAGCUUGACUCGCUCCAGUCCACUUGACCUGACUACCCGACACCUAUGCAAGAGGCUGGGGAGGAAUUUUUCAAGGUCGGAUCACUGAUACAUAACAGGGUCAAAAUGGCUCUGGGAAAGAAUAACUGAUCUCAUUGGAGGCGGCUUGGCUCUUGUCAAAGCAGCCUGUUGUAAAGGGGGAAGGUUUCCCUGACCUUUGACUUUGGGGCCGUUGGCGGUUCACAAGGUUAUCUGGGAAAGUGAAGUGGUUGAAAGCUUUGCAGUGUAAAGAAGGGAUAAAAAGAGAAGUCAGGUGUAGCAAUUUUGCUCCUGAUCAUGCCCUCUUUUUCUGCCCUGCUGGUAGCUAACUGUUUGUCUUCAGUGAAGACUUUGUCGAUUCACGCUAGUAGGGAAACAAAAAGUUUUGUGGAGUUCCGGAACUGGUCACAGUUUAGUUUUGGUGCUCAUGAUCUGGUUGAGUAUCUCACAGCAUGACUUUUCUGUAUAUAUUGUCUGCGUACAAAUGCAAUGUCAGCUGAGAUUCUGUAGAUUUGGGGAUGGAGUGUUAAGGGAAAGUAAUUUCCUGUUUAUAUUGAAUCCAUUCCACCUGCUGACUCAUGGGGUGGAAGUAUGGAAUUGUAUAAUUAUGUAAAUCUGUUAUGUUUUGACUGAUUACUUGGACAGUAUAUGCCAAAAAAAAUUCUUCGACUGUUUUUGCUUUGAAAUGCUACGUGUGAGUGUAAAUUAAAACAGCUUUUUGAUUUAUGGCCUUUAUAUUUUCUCCAUCUAAACUGAGAGCCUUGGUUAUGUGUAUGUAGUGUUUGUGUUUUCUUGCUUAUGAAUGAAAAGACUGUUCUUUGGAUACAGGGGACCCAGGGUGUCUCUUUGGGUUUUAAUUUGUGAUUUGGUCAUACAGUGCAUUACCUCUGUGCAGACACUUCAGGGAAAUUAAUCGUGAAUGCAAUAGAUUUUCUUUUUCUUAAGUCUGUAUUGAAAACUGGAAAGUCAAUACUGUAUGUAUGCAAUGCACUUGUUGUAGUUCAGUAGCCAAUGGGAAGCUGUUCCCUAUUUUCUUGUCACAGGAGGCUUAAUGUGGAGUGGGGAUUUAUUCUAAGAAUGAUUGUAUUAUACUAAGUUAUUAAUAAAUAACUAUUUUGCCUAUAUAGAACCUCACACAAGUCUUGGCU